AUGCCGCCCGCUACUCGCAUCCCCGCUUCACCGAUCCCUGGACUAUUCUUUGCUAGACCGACCUGUACCCCCCAUUGUGCACUUGUCCCGGACCCUCAUCUUCGCAGCAAGUCUGGCCGAUCCGUCGCUCCCGGAGACAUCCAUGUUACUCGCACCUCCCUCGUAGCUCCUUUCCACAAAGCCAUGGAUAUUGCAUCCUUAGAGUCGAAGGAGAACAAAGGUUUUCGACACGCAUCAACGUCCGACUCGCAAUCUACCACCGCAUCCUCGAUCCGCGCCUCGCAGCGUUCCACGCUCCUGUCGGCGUCCUGCGCCUCCACCUCCAAGGGUGGAAAAAGAAGGCCCUGUAUCGUCAUCCAAAUGCAGCGUAGCUCCGCUCGGGUCUUUCUCAUGGGUACCUUUGGGGGCAGUCGCACACAGGACCUGCCCCAAGAGCUUCGACCCUACCUCGCCAUCAUGUCCUCGUGCAACUGCAAGUGGAAGGGCAACUGGCUGGAGAAGUGGAGGAAUGGACACGCGCAUAGCAUCCCGGAGUGGUACCAGGAGGAUGGAAACAUCCAAUAUAUCGUGCCCAUAGUGCAUGAGAUCGGUAUGGAUGCCGUCGAAGAGCGAUGGGCCGACCGGAUGCCUUCCCGCGACAACAAUGCUGAGGGGUACCAUAUGGAUAUGACCAACAUGAACCUGUUACUCCGACAUUCUGAAAGGAUGGGAGGAGAUCUGAAGAUGCGAUGUGUCAGCCGGGAGUACAGGAAGCGUCUUCGGCGAGCGGCCAGGAAGCCACCAGCAGCCAACGCGCCAUCGCUCAACUCGCAGCGUCUCAUCGGUGGCAUGUCCGUCCACGCUCAGUGCGAUUUCGGAGUCGGGAACUUUCUCCUCGACAACCGAGACCAUCGCUUCGGCAGGCCGAGGAGCAGCAGACUCGUGCUCGUGGCGCAGUGGAAUGUCUAG